AUGAAGUCGCCAUCGAACGUCUUUUAUCCCACAUGUAGGGAAAGCACCUUGAAACUCUUCCUCUCUUAUCUUACUACGACUUCCGGCGAGAAUCUUCGUCGCCACCGCCGCCUUAAACCUCCCCCUAAUCACCAAAGGUUGAAUAGAAACCCUACAUUAUUUCAUUCACCGAUAAUGACUCUUGCACCAAUUUCUCACGGAAGCUUCUCGUAUUUCAGGAUCAGUACAUUGGGAGCCAAAAAUCCUAAGUUUAAGGGAAACAAAAUUCAGCAAGAAUCAAGAGGAAUAUGCGUGCAUCCUUCAAUUGAUUCUAAAUCGUGCAAGAAGAUGCUAAAGGAUUGUGACAUGAAGGCUUCAUAG